UUUGUCUGGCCAUCUUUUGCCGGGCGAACAGUAGCGAAGUACGCGUUUCCGUUAAACGAAGCUGUAGCGAGGACAAAGGGCGACUUAAAAGCGAAACAGAGUGAGAUAAACGCCGGUGUAACGAAGAUUGAAUUGACGAAAUUGAACGCAAUUAAAAGAGAUGUCGCAGUUAAGUUUUUUGGUCAAUUGUAUCAUCCUGUGCGUUGCCUUUCGUGGCAUAUUUUCUGUGCCUAAAAAAGUUCCUGUUCUAAAGAUCAAUGAAACCGAAAAUAUUCUGAUCCAUCAUAAUUCCUGCCCUUGUGAUCGAGAUCCACUGGAAUUAUAUUGGGACAAAUUGCACACUCGCAAUGUGAAUGUACAAAGCACGGUGUGCGCGUGCAAUCUUGGCAUGCGCGGUAAACCUCCUCGCGAUGAUUACAUAUACGCGCCUGGAAUCGGCUACCAUAAAAUGUACCCCACAGGAGAAACAUGGAACACGGCGCGAAAAAUUUGCAACGCGGAAGGCGGGCAAUUGGCAAUAAUAAAUUCCUACGCAGAGGCACUGGCAUUGACGCGUCUGUUUAGUAUAUAUUUUCCGAUUCAAGAUGCCCCACGUAAUGACACAAUGUUUCUGGGUAUUCACGAUUUGUAUUCGUUCCGCGAUUGGACCACGGUGCUCGGCGAACCGCUGACGGAACUUGGCUACCCCAGUUCGUACCUGCAGCAUCGACAGUGGUAUAAGGAAUCUGGACAAUAUCAUUGUGGAGGGUACAACGUAGGAGCUGAUUUGAUGACCCCUGUCAACUGCAGUUUACCACACGCGUUCUUCUGUGAAAUACCUGAGAUAACACCUUUGUAAUCAUUUAUUUAUUCAACCCUAAGCAAUGAUAAUUUUAAAGGAACGAUCGAUCCUUGGUGGACGAAGAUGUUUUGGUUUUUAUCUGGAACGUUGUUGAUGCUUUCGCAAAGUUUUAUUGUAAUUUGAAGAAAAUAUCAAGAGAUAUUGGAAUCUCUAUGUUAAUGCAUACGAUCCUUUAAUCUUUCCGCUUGCAUCUCUUGCACGCUUGUGCAUUUUUACUUAUUACUCUAAAGGUUGUAGAGAAGAAUUGAAAGAGAGUAUUUCUUCCGCGACAUCAUGCAAGAUGCGUAAUGAUUACGAAUCGUUAUGCCUGAUUUUCUUGUCGUGGGUUUGAGCGUCGCUUCACUUCUCGUUUGACUUUAAAAUGGUAAAGACAUCCUUCUGAAUAAAACUUUUAAAAUAGA